AUGACUUCUCGGGAUCAGCUGGUGCAGCAGGUGCUGCGCGAACUGCAGGAGGCAGUGGAGUCCGAAGGCUUGGAGGGUCUCAUCAGCGCUGCCCUGGAGGCCAAGCAGGUCCUAUCUUCCUUCACCCUCCCCAUCUGCCAGAAGGGCGGCCCUGGCGCUCAGGUACUGGAGGUGGACUCUGUGGCCUUGAGUCUGUACCCGGAGGAUGCUCCUCAGAACAUGCUGCCCUUGGUGUGCAAGGGCGAGGGUAGCCUGUUGUUUGAAGCAGCCAGCAUGUUGUUGUGGGGACACACCGGUCUCAGCCUGGAGCUGCGGGCCCGCACUGUGGUGGAGAUGUUGCUGCACAGACACUAUUAUCUCCAGGGCAUGAUCGACUCCAAGGUGAUGCUGCAGGCUGUGCGCUACUCCUUGUGCUCCGAGGAGUCCCCAGAGAUGACCAACCUGUCUUUUGCCACACUGGAGGCCAUCUUUGAUGCUGACGUCAAGGCCACGUGCUUCCCUACGAGCUUCUCCAAUGUGUGGCACUUGUAUGCCCUUGCCUCCAUCCUCGAGCGCAACAUCUAUUCCAUCUACCCCAUGCGUAAUGUCAAGAUCCGACCCUAUUUUAACCGCGUUAUCAUGCCUCGCCGCUCCACCCAUGUGACCUCCAUGCUGCACAUCAUGUGGGCCGGUCAGCCCCUCGCUAGCCACCUCUUCCGUCACCAGUAUUUUGCCCCUGUGGUUGGGCUGGAGGAGGUGGAGGCUGACGGUACCGCUAGCUUGGACCCUGUUCCUCCAAACCUGGGUCCUCUGCUACCGCCAGCCAAAACCCUGGAGCUGCUCAACCGCGAACCCGGCCUCAGCUAUUCCCACCUCUGCGACCGCACCAGCAUCACCAAGAGCACCUUCUACCGCUGGCGGCGGCAGACCCAAGAGCACCGGCAGAAGGUCGCCACCCGCUUCUCUGCCAAGCACUUCCUGCAGGACAGCUUCCACCGUGGGGGCUUUGUGCCGUUGCAGCAAUUCCUGCAGAGAUUCCCUGACAUCUCCCGUUCCACCUACUAUGCCUGGAAGCAUGAGCUACUGGGCUCUGGUGCCAGCUCAGCCCUGGGCCCAGCCACACUAUCCAGAGAGGCACUGGCUGUGCCAGAGGUGGAGAGGCCAUCAGGGAAAAAGACCUCUGAGGAGGUAGGGUGUUCCCCGCUGGCGGCAGCGGUGUCGAGCCCUGCUAGCGUGAUCUUAAUGCAGCGUGCCAAGUCCUAUUUGGAGCAUUGCAUCUCCCUGAACAAACUGGUACCCUAUCGCUGCUUCAAAUGCAGGUUCCCCGGCAUCUCGAGGUCCACCUACUACAACUGGAGGCGGAAAGCCCUCAGGAGGACCCCCAGUUUCAAGCUGUCCCCAGUUCUUGAAACUGCUGAGUCUCUGCAGCCAGCAGAUGCUGGGAAAGAGACCUUACUCUCUUUGAAGAGUGAGGCGGGAGAGGAGGGGACAGGGAAAGCAGUAAGGGGAGCUCCUCUUACUUCCCAGGGGCUCAUAUCCCCAAAGAUGCCCUUAUCUCGUUGGCAGAGACGGCUACGCAGGGCCGCCCGCAAGCAAGUGCUAAGUGGGCACCUACCCUUCUGUCGCUUCCGCCUCCGCUACCCUCGCUUGUUACCUUCCACUUUUUGGGUAUGGAAAAGUCUUUCCCGGCGAUGGCCUCAGAGGCAGGCUCCCUCUUUGGGCCAGAGGAAGCAGAAAAAGUCAGAGGGGCGGCAGAGGUCAGGGGGCCGGCAGCCUCUGGAAGCUAUUCAGAAUGUAACGUCUGUGGUGGUUCCUGCAGCGGACACACCGCCAGUGGCUGCUUCUCCAGAAAACAUGCCAGAAGAUGCCCCAGGAGGGCCUUCCAGAGAGGGGAUCAUUCAAGAGGCACCUACAGCCCAGGGCCAAACCCAUAGUGCAUCCAUGCCAAGCCAGACUAUAGCGGUGGCCCCAGGUGGCAGUGAUGGGCAGGUGCUGGUGAUGGACAUGCUUACCAGCACGAGGUUCAAGGCCCAGGCCAAGCUGUUCCUGCAGAAGCGCUUCCAGUCUAAGACUUUCCCCUCCUACAAGGAGUUCCAGGCUCUCUUCCCCCUCACCGCCCGCUCUACCUACUACAUGUGGAAGCGGGCGCUCUAUGAAGGUCUCACACUGGUUGAUGGCUGA